UCAAACAUUGAACAGUCACACUUCUUUGAAGAGAAAGAAAGGCCUUGCAUUUUCUCACUUUGCAGGGUAGACCAAGUCACUUUGAGUUGGCUCGUGAAGACUAACUGGGAGUUCUCGCUGGUGGAUGCGCCUGGUACAAUGGCUCCGAACAAGCUAUUAGCUGUUCUGACGGUGUUGUUUGCAUCGUUGCAGAUCUGCUUGGCGUUCCCCAAACCUGGAAUAAAAGACCUGAGCCUUGAACUGGUUAAUCCGGUCAAUGUCUCUGUGAAAUGGAUGACGCUGACACUGUCGGAGAACGCUACCAUCGACUUCAAGGGCGCAUGCCACUCGGCAGGUGCGGCAACAGUUCAUUUGAAAUACAGACUACUCAUAACGCAGUGUGCCAGUUAUUUAGACAGACUCGAAGAAAGUACAGUGCUUCAGGGAGACUUUGGCAAAAAUCCAGUGGUGGGGACAGAGUGGGUGGAGAUCCCUCUGGAUUGCACAGCAAGUACGACCGGUAGUGGCGAUCCGUUGCAGUUCACGGAGGUCGCUCCCGAGAGAGCAUGGCUGGAGGAUACCGCAUACCACAACACCUGUCUGGAUCCUGCGGCCGGACUGAAAGGGAACGACACCGAGGAUGGGGCUGACAAGUCGUCCAAGGUACCUCCAAACAAGCCUGCAGCGAACCCCACGGGAACAAAAAAGCGGUCGCUAAGUGUGAGUGUGAGCGAUCUGAUGGAGGCCGUUCUUCAAGCGCGCACGCGGCGCAGCGCUCCGUUCUACAAGAAAGUGAAGAAGGAGGUGGUGUGCAAGACGACCAAGCGCCAGGUGUUCGCGCUGGUCUUCGCCGCGCAAGCUGACCCCGUGUCCAACGGUGGUGUUCUGAACGUCACUGUAGCUGUACAGGUGGAGAUGAAGAACCACUGGGGAUACCUGUCUGCGCUCGACUAUCCCAAUCUGGUCUUCUAUGGCAUCAUGACCGCCCUGUACUCGCUGUAUGCGUUCGGCUGGCUGCUUGCACUCAUGUGCCAUUACAAGGAUUUACUGCGUGUCCAGUUCUGGAUUGGCGCCGUCAUUGCCCUGGGUAUGGUUGAGAAGGUGUUCUUCUUCAGCGAGUAUAACCGCGACAACGCCGAGGGCAGAGAGGGCAUGUCGUUGCUCGCCACUGCUGAGAUGGUGUCGGCGGGCAAGCGCACACUGGCCAGACUUCUCGUCAUCAUCAUCUCGCUGGGCUUUGGCAUCGUGCGCCCGCGCCUUGGUCCCAAUCUCGUCCUGGUUGUCGGCAUCGGUAUCGUGUACUUCACGGCCGCGUCGGUCGAGGGGAUUUCCCGUGUGGUGGCCAGCUCCGAGGAGGUCGCCACCACCAAGGGACAGGUGAUGUCGCUGGCAAUCGUUCUGCUCGAUGUCGGCAUUAUCUACUUCAUCUACGCGUCGAUCACGGACACGAUGCGAACACUGCGCUUGCGCCGCAACACCGUCAAGCUAUCGCUCUACCGGCACUUCUCCAACGCCAUCGUCUUCGCCGUGGUCGCUUCCGUGGCGUUCAGCACGUGGGCGUACUUGCAGUUCCGCUCCUCGGCCUGCAUCAAGGACUGGCAGGAGAUCUGGCUGCUGGACGGCUUCUGGCACAUUCUCUUCAGCUUCCUGCUGCUCUCCAUGAUGGUGCUGUGGAGGCCUUCGGCGAACAACAACCGCUAUGCCUACUCACCGCUUGUCGAUCUCGCCAGCAACGAGGACGAGCCGGAGCAGAUGCCCAGCGACGCGUUUGAGGGCAUGAAGCUGCGUAACCUGGGCCAGCAGCGCAAGACGGUCACGAGCAGUACGGUGGAUGACGAUCUCAAGUGGGUGGAGGAGAACAUUCCCACGUCGUUAGUCGAGGGCGCUGUGCCCGUGCUCAUGGACUCUGAGGAGGAAGUGGUGGAGUCGCGGUUCCAGGUCAGCAAGAUGCAGUAAGCGUAAGCUAGGGGAGCGUUGCAUCGUCGUACGUUUGUGUCACUGUAGAGGUGUGCGCGCACGCGGACCUGUGAUCGACAGCGGGCGUCGGUACAUGUACGUACCUGUGUACGUCAUAAUGUGUGUGCGUGUUGCUAACGUCGAGCCAGCUGGCACACGUGCAUGUUCCCUCGCUGAUGGAAGAUUGAGUGUCGUUGUGCGUAUCCCACAUGUUCAUGUUGCUGCAUAUACGUAUGCACGGUUUGCGUGGAUGCAUGCCUACAUCAUGCUGACGUCAUGAUGACAUCAUGAUGACAUCAUGCUGCCGUCAUGCUGACAUCAUGCCUUGUGUUGUAUUUCAGCAUUUCUCAGCCGCUGGCGUUGCUGGUGGCGCUGUUACUAGCUGAACUGUAUUGCCAGUUUGCGUGUGUGUGUGUGUGUGUGUGUGCGUGCGGUUGUGUGUGUAUGCGUGCAUGUGUGCACGUACGCGCACGCGCAUGUGUAGCGUUUUAACGGCCUCCCAUGGCGUCACUACUGGCAUCCUUGUACAUAAUAAGUAUAGUAUGAUAUUGUGCUGAGCUAUAGCUGCCCUUCGUGCAUUAUUUGUGCUAUUUGACAACAUGCUGCUCACCGUUCUGAUAAUUGAAAUGAUCUACUUGUGAAGUAGGGUGUGCAGUGUAUGUGUGCAUGGCAUAUGCUGGUCUGCAUUUGUGUUAUUUUAUUCUCUAUCACCACGCAUAUCUACGUGCAUUCGCAGUACACCCCACUCACAUUUUAUGCGUGGAUGCAGGCACCACCGCGUGUCUUAUCCCGGUUCACCUCCCCUCCUCAGUAUCUGUGUUCUAGUGGUGGCUCUCUGUGUUUAUUGUUGGUCUCGUACCGGCCUUCGUCUUUCUUUUGUUUUGUUAUCUAAUUUUCGCUAUCUGCAAACGUUUGGUGUCCGUUUUCGCUGCACCACAAGGGUGGAGAGUUUAUCCUUGGUGCCGCUGAUGUUGAUUUGAUGUCACGAUACAGGACAAUGGAGUUCUGGUCCCCUAAA